UUAAUUUGACAAAAAGCAUUAUUUUUGCUCAUUAUAAAAGUGCACAUUCAAAAUGCGAUACACGUUUAUUGUAGUUUUAAUUUGUAAUUAUUUAUUGAAAUUAAAUUUCGCAUAUUCAACGAAGGAAAGUGUCGAAGUAACGGAUAAGAAAUUCACAUGUCCAUGUUCAAAAUAUUGGAAUGAAGAUUUGGAUGGUGCUGUUAAUAAAGCAAUUAAAUUAUUAUCUGUACAUUCAUUAUUACCAAUGACAAAGGAGGAGAAGACAAAAUUACUAUUAGAAUUUUUUAAACCAUUUGCAAAAAAAUUUGCAAAUUGUCAUCAUGCUGAUAAAAAGGGAAUUACCACAACAUCUGAAACAACAACACCACCACCAACAACAGGGAAAAAACCAAAGAAAUUUCGAAAGAAUGAAAAAGUAACUAAAAUCUACGAUAAUAAUCAAUCUGAACAAAAAAAUACCAAUCUUGCUGAUAAUAAAUUACAGAAUGAUAAUACGAAAGGUGAUAGAUUUAAUGGAACAUCAUCGCCUGUAGUUAUUGGUGAUGCAGAAGAUGCAGAUGAAGAUUCGAAUGAAGAUGAAAAUUUAGAAGUUGCUAUUAAAGAACAAUUGAGACUUAAAGUUGAAGAGAAAGAAGAAGCUAGAGCUGCAGAGGAAGCUAGAAUUAGAGCUAAAGCUGAAGAAAAAGCUAGAGUUGCAGAAGAAGAAGAAGCUAGAGCUGCAGAGAAAGCUAGAAUUGAAGCUGAAGCUGAAGAAGAAGCUAGAGAAGAAGUUAGAGUUGCAGAGGAAGCUAGAAUUAAAGCUGAAGCUGAAGAAGAAGCUAGAGCUGCAGAGGAAGCUAGAAUUAAAGCCAAAGUUAAAGAAGAAGCUAGACUUAGAGAAGAAGAAGCUAGAGCUGCAGAGAAAGCUAGAAUUAGAGCUAAAGCUGAAGAAAAAGCUAGAGUUGCAGAAGAAGAAGCUAGAGCUGCAGAGAAAGCUAGAAUUAGAGCUAAAGCUGAAGAAAAAGCUAGAGUUGCAGAAGAAGAAGCUAGAGCUGCAGAGAAAGCUAGAAUUAAAGCUGAAGCUGAAGAAGAAGCUAGAGAAGAAGUUAGAGUUGCAGAGGAAGCUAGAAUUAAAGCCAAAGCUGAACAAGAAGCUAGAGCUGCAGAGGAAGCUAGAAUUAAAGCCAAAGUUAAAGAAGAAGCUAGACUUAGAGAAGAAGAAGCUAGAGCUGCAGAGAAAGCUAGAAUUAAAGCUAAAGAAAGAGAACAAGAAUAUGAAGAUAUGGAUGAUUACUACGACCAACUUGAUAAGGAAAAUGCUCCAAAAUCUCCUGCAUCAGGAAGUGCAACAUCACCAAACGAUAAGAAAAAUAAAUUGACUAAUGAUAAACAAUCACCUACAGAUGAAGCAGUAAGUCCUGAAAUUCCAAGUGACAGAACGAAAUUAUUACUUGAUGAUGACGAUGACGACGACGAAGACUUUAUAAAUAAUGAUGAAAAACAUUUAAAAAAUAAAAAACCAAUUUCUCCCUUUCACUUAAUAUCAGAAGGAGCUAAAGCUAAAGAAGAAGCUAAAGCUAAAGCUAAAGCUGAAAAAGAAGCUAAAGCUAAAGCUGAAAAGGAAGCUAAAGAAAAAGCUGAAAAAGUAGCUAAAGAAAAAGAACAAGAAUAUGAAGAUAUGGAUGAUUACUACGACCAACUUGAUAAGGAAAAUGCUCCAAAAUCUCCUGCAGCAGGAAGUGCAACAUCACCAAACGAUAAGAAACACAAACUGUCUGAUAAUAAACAAUCACCUGCAGAUAAAGCAGUAAGUCCUGAAAUUCCAAGUGACAGAAAGAAAUUAUUACUCGAUGAUGAUGACGACGACGACGACGACGAAGACUUUAUAGAUCCUUCUGGAAAACAUUCAGAAAAAUCAGAUAAACCAAUUUCUCCCAUUUCACAAGGAGCUGAACCUAUCAAAAAGGCUAAAACAAUUACGCCUACUGAUAAAAAAUCAUCUGAAAAUAAUGACAACAUCGAUGACGAAGAAGACACUGAUGAACAACAAAGCAGACCUAAUGCACCACUUGGUUCCUUACAAAGUGAUAAACAAGAUAAUCCGAACCAAAAUCCUCAACCAGUUGGAGCACCUGGUGGAUCAGCAUCGCCAUCGGGUGAUAAAAAUAAUAAUAAUAAUAAUACUGGUAAUAAUGAAGGAGAAAGUUCGACACAACCUAAUGGAGGGGAAACAGCAAAUAAUGGAACCGAAACAAAUAACGGAAAUAAGAAUAAAUGUUGUUGUAAUAAAUCGAUCGUGGGUAAAAAUUGUAAAAAGUGUCAUAGUUCGGAAGAAUGUGACUCGGAUGAAUCAGACUCAGACUCAGGAUCAGAUUCAGGAUCAGAUUCAGGAUCGGAAUCAGAUUCUGGAUCGGAAUCAUCAGAAUCAUCAGAAUCAGCAUUUUCUUCACAAUAUCUACAUGGCGGUUAUGAUUGUAGAGACAAUGGUCACGGACAAUUCUAUCCUGGUUAUAAUUGUUACUAUAAGAAAUAGAAAAAAUUGGAAACUUUCAGAAGCGAAGAAUUUUGAAAAACGUUGUGCGAUUAAAAAUACCCGAAUAUUUAUUUAUUUAUCAAAUUGUAACUAUACUCUAUUCCCUCGAGGCAAAAAAAUUGUAAUGUUCAUAAUUCAAAGAACGUUCUUGAAAUCAUUUUAGAAUGUUUCACAUAACCGUAAAUAAUGUUCCAAAAUAUUUUAAGAACAUGAAAUGUUCAAAUAAUAAUAAUAAGAUGUAAAAAAACGUUACAAGAACUUUUUUUGGAACGAAAAUGAUUUUUUUAUAUAUAUUUAUUUUUAUUAUGUAAAAAUUAAUAUUUUAAUGUAAUAAAUGUACAGUAAACAUAACAUAUGAUAUGUAUCUAAAGAUAGAUCCAAAGAAAGAUUCCAAAAAAGUAAAAUAUUUUAAUGUUAUGUUUUUAUUAUUUUUCCUUUAAUUUAAAGUUUCUGUUUUAUUGCAAAAAAAAAUUAAAAUCAGUAUUUAUUAAAUAUUUUAAAUGUAAAUGAAGACUUAAACAUCAGUGAUUUAUAUUGAGAGUUGAUCUUCUUUGCGUAUUUUUAUUCAAAAAAUUACAAAAACAUAACCAAAAAUUUGUUGAAUCUUUGGCGCGCACCUUUCUUUGAAGCGUUUCGAGCUCGUGAUAUUUUUAUUUUAAAAUAAUUAUUAAAUAAUAAUAAUUAAAUAAUAAUUUAAUAUAAAUUAGUGGAUAAAAUUCAUAAGAUUUUUUUUUAGAAGUAACAAUUUAGAGAAAUUUCUCUAAAUUAUUACUACGAUAAAAAAAAAUUAUGGAUUUUAUCCACUACAAUUUGUUUGAUCAUAAUUUUUAUUAUUUAAAUAAUAAAAAUUAUGAUCAAACGAUCAAUUUAAAAUUUAAAAAAAUAAUAGUAAUUUGUUAUAGUUAAUCUUUAACGUCCGAGAUUUUUGAUAAAAAUAAGAUAGUAAUUAGUGAGUAGUGAUUAUUAUUAUUUGCCUGUUAU